AUGUUGACCUUUUUAUUCAUAUUUCUUCUAUUUUUUGGGAUUUUGUUGAAUCAAAAUCAUGCACAACCACCAGCUUUUUUCACUUUCAACACACUUCCAGGAGGUUGGUUUGGAAAUAGAAUUUUGGAAAAAAAUAUUUGAGGAAAAGUCGGAACUUUAUUUUCAUACAGGCUUAUUGUGAGUAAGGUCGAUUUCUGAAAUUUUGAAACGGCGAAAUUAGUUUUCGGAAUGAUUUUGUAAAUUCGAUACAGUUGAGGUCACGUUUUUAAAUUUGAUUAUUUUUUUAAUUUUUAAAAAUCCCAAAAGUCAAAAUUUCACAAAUUAGAAUACUUGAAUUUGUCAUUUUUAGCCUGAAACUAAGAGUUUUCGAAAUUCACAAGUCAGUUAAAAGAAGUUUGAAAACCAUUUCUGGAAUUAUAAAUUUUAAUCACAUUUGGUCAAAAUAUUUCGAGAUUUAUAAACAGUUCUAAAAUUGGUACGGUUGUGCAUCGAUUAUUUUUAUAUGGUGUUGACCAUUAUUUUUUGGUAUAAAAACUGUAUUGGUGCGAAUCUCGAGCAAAUUUGAAAAGCUUCAAAUAUUUUCGGACUUUCCAAACAUGAAUUAAGCAAAAUCGAAUAGAAGCAUACUUUUGGCAUUAAUUAAUCACGAAAAUUUGAACCAAAAACUUGUAAUUCAACACACCACCUGCUUGUCUUUCUUCUUCUUCUUCUUCACAAUUCUUUCUUUGGUCUCGAAAUAACAAAAGUGUCGAAUUCUUUCAUGCAUACAAUUUUCUCUUUUUUCUCUAAAUCUCUUCUCAGAAAAUGAGCAUUGCUACAGUAUCAUUGUGUCACUUUCAAUAAAAUUAAUAACAAAAACGUGGAGGAUUAUACAAAACAUAAAUUAUGUAAUAGAGGUCGAUGCUUCACUUUUUCAUUUAUUCUGUCAAUUGUAUUUGAUGGCCUUGGCCGAAUUUCUGGUUGAUCAUUUUUAUGAGCAGCUGGAACUGAAAGAAAAAGAACACUGAUUCAAACCAUUGAUACAAAUUCCCAUGAGGGAAAACAAUUGGUUUUUUCCCGGUGAGAAAGUAAAGUUCAUAAAAGACAGAAAAAUAAAAACUAAAAUUAUUUAAAAAGUUUUAGAUUUUUUUGAAUAAAUUAUAGUGUUCGGAUGGACAAACAUUCGGACGGACAAAGAUUUUCUCAAAGAAGAAACGAGAACAAAAAAUGUCUGAAUAUAGAUUGUACCCUCGAGACAUAUUAUCUCAAAAUAACACUACUACUAGCCUUUUUUCCUCUCUCUCUAUUUUUUGGUGUUUGUGUGUAUGAUUUGACAACUUAUCCCAAGGGAUCAUCAUAUUUUUCAAACAAAGAAACAUUUAUGUUGCGGUUUUUGAAAAAUUGCACAGAACAAUAGAAGGUUGCUGACCACGAAUUUUUAGAACAUGUAUAUAAUUUUUUGAUAAAAACCGAAUGGGAUUCGUAAAGUUUUAACAAGGGAAGAUCGUAGAGUCGACAAACAAAAACUUUUUCUGAAACUUUGGCAGUUAAAACAUCUUUCGGUUGGUUUCUAAAAGUGAAAUCUGAAAGUUUGAACAAAGAAAACAGAAGCAAUAAUAGAAAUAGAAAUAAAUAAAUCAAAAUUUAUGAGAUUUUCAAUGAAAUUGUUUUUUAUAGAUACUGAAACGGAAGUGGAUCUACUUGCACCGGUUGAAGCAUCUUUGAAAGCAGAUUCGCGAGUUUUUCGAGCAAAAGGAAUGGAUUCAUUACCAGCAAUUGGAGUACAGCGAGGGGUUGAAAUUGCAGUUCCAUAUCGAUUAUAUUUACCUAGAAACUUUUUCAAACAAUUUUCAUUAUUAGCCACAAUUAAACCAAUGGAUAAAAGAGGUGGAUAUUUAUUUGCAGCAAUGAAUGAAUUUGAUUCGGCUGUUGAUAUUGGAUUGUUGAUUGAACCUGCAGGUAUUUGUCAUUUUUUCUUGAGAAUUUUGGAUGAUUAAGAAUUUUAGGAACUGCACAAUCAAAUAUAUCUCUAAUUGUUCGAUCAAAUUCGAUUGCCUCUUUUCUUGUUGAUGAUUUUUCGCAACAGUGGACUCAACUUGCGUUAGAAGUUUCACAGCAGACUGUCACUUUUUAUUUUCGAUGUAGAAGAUUUGGAGCAAAACAGGUAGGUACAUUUUGAGUAGGGAUAUAUUAGUUGGGGGAAGUUUAUUCAAAUUGGACUUGGCUGAAGAGAUGAUGCGAAUCAGCUUUCAGAAACUCUGAAAAUCUAUUUUUGGGAUUUGGUGGAGGGUGGCUGAAAAUUACUUUCAAAUUUCAAUCACUGAAAUUACAUUGGAAAGAAAAACCAGAAAUUCAAAAUUUAGAAAAGUUCACUCCUGCCAGUACUUUUGUGUGAUUCAGAAUUUUUCAAAAGUUUUAAUUUGGACUAAUUUUUUGAUGUUGUCCUAAUCAGAAAUUUGGAAAAUCAGUCCUGAAGGAUCAGACUAUUCUAGAUUCCCCAAGUUCGUUUCGAAGUCACCCAUGAAUUUUUAAAAAAUAUUUUUCGAAAACUCCCAAAUUGUUUUUUUACAGAUAUCCUCAAGUCUACCUGAAUUUUCUUUCGAUGAAGCUGAAAAAUUGUAUAUUGCCAGUGCUGGUCCGAUACUUGACAAUGGUUUUGAAGUUAGUUCUUUUGUUUUCAAAUUCUUUUUCGCCUUCAGUUUCCAUUCAUUCAUUCAAACAAAAAAGUUGGCAUUUCUCCAAGUAGUAAUGAGUCAUACGGUUUUUUCUCAUACAUUAUUGCUCAUUCAUCGGACGCGCGUUGUCUUUUUUUCGCAAAAAAAAAGCGUUCGUUCGAUGUUGUUUUUUUAAAGCGGCAUUUUCUUUUUAAUCAUUUUGAUAAGAUUUCGUGGGCGCCUUCGUUUUCUAGAAAACAUUUUUCAUCAUUAUUUAUUGUUAUUAUAUAUUGCAAUUUUUUUUUCAUUUUCGAAAAUUAAAAAAAGGCUGACCGAGACAAUUGUCGCUCUUAAAUGAAAAAUGAGAUGUUCAUAUUUUGGAUGAUGAUUCGAUUGGCACAUUUUCAUUUUUUGCACUUUUUGAAAGAUUUGUUUAGAUUUUAAAUCUUGCACUUUUUCUUUUAUUUUUCGAAUUUCAUAUAAACUCUCAUUUAUUUUCCUCAAAUUGCAGAGAAUCUCAAAAACUAUGCGAAUAAUAUUUCUGUUUUUAUUUCUGAUUCAAUUCUCUUUGAUUUUUUGUUCGGAAGAAGAAUUGAAAUCAGCUGAAAUUGAAAUUGUCGAAGAUGAAAUAUUGACUAAUAACACAGUUUAUGAAAUCAUCAAUAAACAGCGUUUUGAAAGAUCUUCUCAAGAAAAUGAAGAAAUUGAUGAGGAAAAACCAGAAAUGUUUGUUUUCGAAAAUAUUGAAUUAGAUUUGAAUGGAACAUCGGCGGAUGAAGAAUUGAAAGAGGUUAAUUUUAUGGGAUAAUGGGUUUUUAUAGGGAGCUAUUCAAGAGCUGAAAUUGAUUGAUGAUUCAACACAAGGAGCACGGCAAUGUGAUGAACAAUGGGUAAUGUUUGAUUAAUGUUGUUUUGAGAAGACAAAAAAUUGAGAUGUGCCAAGAGAAAUGGCCUCCCAUUUCUCAUAAAAAUGGGUUUUUACAAUUAAGUUUUCUGAAAUUUUCAAUGAUUUUGAAAUUAUCUCUUCAUCCAAAUUUACUAAAAAUUAUGUAAAUAUUAGUGGCGACGUCGUAAAUUGGAAAAGGGACGAGAGAUGAGCAGAAAGGUAGGUUUAUAUAGGCUUUGUAUAUUUCACCGUGAAGCUAUCUUAUAAGUUUAUGUUAUUGUUUGUGAAACCUAUAGGUCAUCUAUCUCUGACCAACUAAAAAACAACAAAUAUUUCCGAAAUAAUCUCGAAUUUUCAGCCGGAAGGAAGCGGGUUACCAACUGAAGAAGUUGUGAAAAUACCAAUAAAUGAGAUUCGGAAUUUCCCAACAACUCCAUUUCCACCUCCACCAACUCCUCCACCAUUUCCAACGCCACAAAAAGCACCAGAAGGUUAGUCGAAAAUUGAUUUUCACUUAUGAACAACAAAAAAAUAAGCAUUUAGAAAUUUUGGAACUUCAAAAAAAAAAACAUUUCAGAUUUCUUCUUGUCGGAUGACUCAUUGGUUGUUCCAUUCAGAUCUUUAGGUUUUCCCCCGGUUUUCUUCCUUUUUAGAUGGUUUUUGAGAUUAGCAUGACUUUUGGCUUAUAUUGGGAUGCGGGGUGUGAUAGAUUUUUGGAAAAUGAUGACUCUUUUGAAAUGUUAUUUCAUUCAGAACGUCAAACAUCUCCUCUUGUCUCAUCUUCUCAAACUUGCACUCAAAUUUGUCAAGGUGCACCUGGACCACAAGGACCUCCUGGAAAUGAUGGGAUUCCUGGUUCACACGGGAAUCCAGGUCAUCCAGGACACGCAGGAGCUGAUGGCCAAAAUGGACAACAUGGAGAACAAGGGCCACCAGGUCCGCCAGGAGUUCCUGGUCUUCCUGGGCCACCAGGUGUUCCUGGUACAACAUCAAGUGGGGAUGGGCACAGUAUUCCAGUAGCUGGACCACCUGGAUCACCAGGAUUGCCUGGAGUACCUGGAAGAGAUGGUUUGGUUGGAGAAAGGGGACCUGUUGGACCAGUUGGACCAAAAGGAGAAGAUGGUACAAGUAUUGAAAGUUUGAGUGAUGAUGAUAUUGAAAGAAUUGCUAGAAAAGUUUAUCAACUUCAAAAGGUAAUUAAAAUAAUCUAAGAAUUUUAUUUCAUUAUUGUUUAUUACAGCCAGAACUUGAUCGUAGAAAUCAAGGAAUUGAAUCGAGAGGAGAACGUGGACCACAAGGGCCUCCUGGUCCACCAGGACAACCGGGUCAACCAGCAUAUUCUGCUACUUCUCAUGGUUAGUUUUUUGUUUGUUUAUGCUUCUUUAUAUUUUCGCGAAAAUGUUUAUAAGUUACAAAUGUUUUCCUACAAGAAUAGUCUUCUAAUAUUUUUGUUCUUUUUUAUUAGUUCCGGAAAUUCAAUUUUAUUUUUUCCAAUUCCAAAUAGUUUAUUGAAAGGUGUUAAAAGAUCAAUCUAUAAUAUCAACAAAAAAUAUUUUCAGCUGUAUUCUCUGGAACUCCGGUCAAUGUUCAUGCAACAACUGUCGAAUUAUUUGCAACUUCUCGAAAUACUCGAGUUGGCCAAUUGGCAUUUGCAACUUCUUCUCAACAACUUUUCAUUCGAGUUAACAAUGGCUGGAAAGAAGUUCAACUAACUAGUUUUCAUCCAUUUGUAGAACAACGACAAUCCACGGUUAGUUUUUGUUUUUUAUUUUUAUUUGAAGUUUGAGAAGGAUUUCGAAAAAAAAACAUGUCAACAAAUAAGGUAAAUAUUUUUAGCCAAUCGAGCUUGAUUCUCGAUACAGUCCGAAUAGUUUAGAAUAUUGGGUAAGUAUUGUUGUAUAUUGUGAUUGAUGUUGUUAUUAAAUGACAGACUCAUCAUUCGUCUCAUAAAUGUUCACAUCGACAAACAAGAUCAAACGUAAUUCAUUGAUUUUCUUCCCAAAUUUUUCAGUUCACUUUUUCCAUUGUGGUUGAGAGUUUCUGUCAAAUAUUUGUCGAGUUCAAAACACAUUUUUUUUCAUUUCCAGCAACAUUCGAGACAAAAUGAUAUUUAUCAUGUGACAUCAUCUGUUCCACAAACACCUGAUUGGAUGCCAAAAACAACUACAGAAAGACCACAACGUGAUUCAAAUCAUAAUAAAGAACGAGUUGUGAGUAUGAAUAGUUUGUUAGAUUUCUGAUUUAAGAGUUUCGCCCUUUAGAUUCACAUGAUUGCAUUAUCACAUCCUUUCUCUGGAAAUUUACACGGUCUUCGAGGUGCUGAUUUGCAAUGUUAUCGUGAAGCUCGAGCUGCUGGAUAUACAACAACAUUCCGUGCAAUGCUUUCAUCGGAUGUUCAAGAUAUGGUUAAGAUUGUUCAUUCAGCUGAUGCCGAUACACCGGUUGUUAAUAUUUAUGGACAUCAGUUAUUUGAUAGUUGGAGAGCAUUUGUUAACGGUGUUUCAAUUUCGAAUCAAGCCCAACUUUUCUCAUUUGAUAGACAUGAAGUUCUCAACGAUUCGAAAUGGUGGGUAUAGAUUCUGAUCUUUUAGAGUGAAACUUUAUGAAACUUUACGGUAGCGGUACCUUUUUCUAUUAAUACUUUUCUGAAUUUCUUUGUAGAUCUCUACGUGCGUAGGUGUUCAGAACUAAUUUGGAAAUUUUAAGGCCUGAUAAACGAGUUUGGCAUGGAUCUCAAUUUGGUGGAAUUCGUGGACAACAAUAUUGUGAUGGCUGGAGAAGAUCUGACAGUGAGUUCAACAAAAAAUAUUAGAUUCUCUCAAAUAUUAUCCGUUUAGAUUCUCUUAAAUCAUUUGCCGGACAAAUUUUCUCGAACACUUCAAUUUUUUCAUCAACAACACAAAUCGAUUGUGACAACAAACUGAUUGUUUUGUGUGUUGAGAACAUGUCGAAAUAUCAUGGUGACAAAAUCUUGAGACUUCGUCGACUCCAAAGUGAAUACUUUUAA